GAACACAAAGCCACCUUCAGGAUUCCUCACUGGAAAUCACUUCCACUUGAGGGACCAGAUGUCUCAAGGAUAUUGAAGGUAGCGGACACAAAUCAAGUUGAGGAGCAUGAUGAUUCCAUUGAUCACCCUUUGCACAGUACUGCUUUGGACGAUUAUGGAGAGGAACAUUCACAAGACAAGUCACUUGGUUGUGAUUCAGCACCACAAAGGCAAAAUACAGCCAAGAGUAAAAAAUUGCGUCGCUCAAAGACAUCUGAUGAUGAUGUUCAGAAAUUGAGCACAGAUGAUACUGAAGAUGAACACCUUAAGGACACUGUGAAGCCUCUGAAUACUGCUCAAUCCCAGGUGAAAAAGAAGCAGCCUUUGGAGGAGAGCACAUCAGAUCCUUCUGUGGGUAGCCCAUGUUCUAUGCAGGUUUGGUGUCCCAAAGAGCUGAAGAGAUCUUCUAGAGAUAUUACCGAACUGGAUGUUGUUCUGGCUGAAGUUGAGAAGGCGUCAGCAAAUUACAGACAAUGCAUAGAAUCAAACAUUUGCAGAAAAGCUAUCAGUGACUUCCAUUCUGCUUUCAAGGACCAAAUCACUUCUCUUGUAACAGGAGUCCAGGAAAUAAAGAACAUGAAGAGAAAAAAUGCUAAGGCAAUGGCAAACAUCAACAAGAAAAGGCAGCGACUGGUGCAACUCAGAGAGGAGCUGAUUGGACAUGAAUCACAACUGAUAAAACUACAAAGAGAAUAUGCUGAGGUACAGGAAAGGAAAUCUUCCUUGAGGCAAACAGUUGAAUUACUUACUGAUUUAAAGGCACUACAGCAAGACUGUUUGGAUUAUAGAGAAGAAAACCCAAAAGAAAAAGUGGUAUAUGGAAUUUCCAGUCUCCCUGCUCUUCUGGUGGAGUCACGGAGAAUUCUAGGAGCUGAAAAACACUUUCAGAAUAUUAACACAAGACUGGAAGAGGCUCUGGCUGCAGAGAGAGAGAGAUUAUCAAAGAAACAUUAA